AUGCCCAUUACAUCACUUGAAUCGUAUUUAUUUGAACGUAAAUUUGCUAAUGCAAGCUCGAUUGAGAUUUUACAGAAUGCCGUUAUUGGGAUCGACGUCGAACAUUAUUUGAGUCGAAUUUACACUUUUAAGAAAGAACAAUUUUUACCAGCUAUUGGCGGAGCUCCUUCUUCAUUAAGAGAUUAUAUUAAAUCGGAUUUGAAGGUUUUCCAAGAAUUUAAUAUUAAACCUAUUUUUGUCAUAUCCGGGUUACACACUCAAUUGGAACAAAAGUACAAAAAUAAUUUGAUAGAAUUUGAUACCCAACAUGUUGAAAAUACCUGGAAUAAAGUCAAUAGCAAGGAUCCCUAUGGACAUGGUUUUCAUCAUCAGCACUCUCAUUCCCAUAGUGCCAAUAUUGAUGGUUUCCGUAAUUUGAAUGAACCAUUACCGAUUUAUUCUAUGAUUAACUAUAUAAUCAAAUUCUUUUUGGAAUUCGAUAUUGAUUAUAUGAUAAGUCCAUAUGAUGCAUCGUUUCAAUUGUCGUAUUUGUAUCAAUCUGGAAUCAUUGAUAUUGUAUACGGUUCAACAGAUUUGUUACUUACUAAAAUUGAUAAGUUUAUUUUGGGAAUGGAAUUCCAAUCGAAAGAUUUUAGAUUUGUCAAUAAAAAUAAAGUACUAAAAGGGUUGAAUUUGAGUGAACGACAAUUUCUUGAUUUAUGUAUAAUUGUUGGUUGUGGGGUCCAACCAGAGACUUUCCCAUUAUUCUCGGCCUUGUCCAAUAAGCCACCUUCGGGAGGGGAUAUGCCAUCAUCGUCGUCGACAUCCUCAUAUGGAGUUGGUGGCUCUGCUAUUGGCAGCGGUAGUGCCCCUGGUGCUCCUGGUUCCGGUUCUGGUCCAGCAGGCCCAGGCGCUGGGUCGCAGUUGAGUUACUUCAAAAUUGGAUUAGAUAUUCUUUAUCAAUAUGCUCAGUUUAGUGGAGACAAUUCUAGCUUAUUGGGGUACAUCAUUACUCUCAAUAAUCCCAAAUUAUUGGACUUGUAUUACAAGGGGGUAUGUGCUAUUCGCUAUAUGCCAAUUCUAAACCAAGAAGGGUAUGUUGAGUUGUACCAUGUUGCAAUGGCCAAGUUAGGGUUGAGUGAAAAUAUUGAUUUUUUGCAUCAAGAAGAAGAGGUUGUGGGUGGUCAAAUACAAGCAGAAAAUCAACAAGUUAAAGGUAGAAAUGCCGAAGUGAAACAAACGAAACAGGGUGGUGAGACAGACAACGAAAAAUCAAAUGCUGAUUCUAAUACUUUGCAUAGAUCAGUAAGGAUACCAAAUGAUGUCCAUGAAAUCAUUUCACAAAGAUUACCACCUGAGCUUUAUUUUUACCAAUCCAUGGGCUUAUUACCUUUAGCAUUAUUAGGAUCAAUAGUGAAAGGAGAAUUAAUUAUCAGAGCACCAUUAGAAGGUGGCAUGGGUAACAAGAGUAAUGAAUCAUACAAGAAUUUGAUUACCCUGAAGUUUUAUGUGGAAUUGUUAGAUUCACAGUUCAAUUUAAUAACUCAAUUUUUGGCCAGAUACUAUCAAGUUAAAAAAAUUAGGGUCAAAUAUUGGUUUAAAAAGGAUAUUUUAGAAUUGAAUAAUCGAUUCACACCUCCAAUUAGCAAAAAAUUGAAUAAAUUUAUUAUUUCCGAUGAUGGGGCCGGUGAGAAUUUUGCCAUUAGUAAAUUUUUCCAUUCGAGGCUUAAUGGAGAAUAUACUUCAACUAAAACUGUUGGAACAAGAAGUGAUAUUAUUUCAACUAUCUUAUUGAGGGCGUUGUAUCUUUACGGAAUUGUCAACGAUAAAUCAGAGUUAUCGAGUAUUGGUAAAAUAUUGGUUGAGUUUGCCAAAAGCGUUAACAGCGAUAUAAGCCAAGAAGAUUUUGAACAUAUAAUAUUGCUUGUAUUGUUAUUGGAUUCAAAAACAUUAAAGUUAAAUGAACCAAGCAAAGAAUAUACUGAUGUUUCAAACUAUUACAAGAAAAGUAUGGUUGAUCAACAACAGCAACAGCAGCAGCAGCAGCAACAGCAGCAACAACAACAAUAUUCUAAUCAAUUCAGCAAACAAGGUCUUGCAGAUGAUAUAGUUAAAAAGAUCACGUUGAUUUCAAGGAUAUUCUCGUUUAAGAAACUCAAUGUCUCGCCAAUAAAUUACCAAGGUCCGAUUUCUAGAAGUUUAUUGAACUUUAGAAGCCAUGUUGAAUUUAUCAACUACAAUUUGAUUAACACUUUGCAGUUGGUCCUUGUUGAUUUCAUAGUCCGACAAGAACAAAAUAGUAUCAAAACAGAUUAUGAAACCAAAGACGAUUGGUACAAAUUGAUCGAUCAAUUACCAUUUUAUAAAAGUUUGAAUAACACAUUAAUGGGUGUAAUUAGUGAGAUUUAUUUUGAAAUGGCAAUUAAACAAAAACAAGGACAGCCGCAAUUAACCAAGGAAGAAAUAAUUAAAAAUUGUCAAAAUCACUUGGCCGAUCAUAUUUUCUCGGUGAAUAUUCCAUCAUUUAACAUUAAUGUCAAUGGUAUUAACUCGACUUCUAAGACACAAUUGAACAACGAUUUCAAACAAGGAGUAGAGUGGUGGAAGAAAUUCAUAAUAUUGGUUGAUAUUAUAAAUAAGAUUGAUAAGAAAUUGGUUGAUAAUAGUUUGUAUCAAGAAAUCAAGCAGGCAGAUGAGUUUUUAAAAGAGUUUGUAUAG